AUGGAGGAGUGCAGCCUGUACCAGAAGAGCUGCCUGGAGGCCGGUGGGGCCUCCUUGGUGCUGGGGACGGGAGGAGGCGGCUGCCGGGCCCGCUGUGCCGCAGCUGCGGAAUUGGAGGCCAAACUCCAGCGGGCGGUGGAAUUCAAGGCGGAGGGGCAUCGCUGCUACAAGCAGAAGAAGCUCCGCGAGGCUAUCGGCAAGUACCACCGAGCCCUGCUGCAGCUGAAGGGACUGGAACCGCCAGCCGCUGAGGGGGAGGUUGAUGUGUCUGCUGGGAAGGGCAGCUCGCUGGUCGCCUGGCACUGCCUGUCAGCCGAGCAGCGGGAGCAGGCGGACAGCACCGAGAUGGAGUGCUACGACAGCCUGACUGCCUGCCUCCUGCAGUCGGAGCUGGUGAACUACGAGCGAGUUCGCGAAUAUUGCCUCAAGGUGUUGGCCAAGGAGAAGGGCAACUUCAAAGCCAUGUACCGCGCAGGCAUCGCCUUCUACCACCUUGGCGACUGUGACAAGGCCCUGCUUUACCUGAAGGAGGCCAAGUGCCGCCAGCCCACAGACACCAACAUCCUCCGCUACAUCCAGCUGACGGAAAUGAAGAUCAGCCGCUGCCACCAGCGUGAAAAGGAGGAGACCGCGUAG